CUCAUUUCCAUCCAUUGCAACUUGGAAAAAAAUAACUAGAAAUUAAAGAAAGAAAGAUGGCCAAUUUCUUCCAAGAUGCAAAGAACAAGAUUCAAGAUCUCUUCAUAUACAUUGUUUCUUGUGGAAAAUCUUCUAAUGAACUAUCAAGAAAUGACCAAGGAACAGCAAGAGAUGUACCAUUAGGAGAUAAGUUGGGGCUACAAAUACAUUUACCAGAAGAAGACCAAGUUGGUCUAGCAACAAUUAUAACACCAAUAAGAUUUUCUAAAGAACCACCAAGAAAUGACCAAGAACCAACAAGAGAUCACGUACUAGAAGAUGACUUGGGGAUAAUAACAGUAUUCCCAUCAGGUGAUGAGCCACCAAUAAAUAAUGCACAAAAUCAAUUAGAAGAAGAAAAUAUUAUUGCUCAACAAGACCAAGAACUUGAUAAAUCUAAAGGAAAUUCACAAGGACAAAAAGAGAUUGAUGAUGAUGAGGAUUUUGAACCUCUACCAAAGGGGUUUAUAAUACCUGAAGAAAGAGCAAAUUUUUCAACACCUCCAGGAAAAAGAUCAGCUCCUAGACCUAAGACUGGUUGAAGUUAAUUAAUUAAUGAAAUUCCAAUGUUGUGAUUAGGUUUUUUGAAAAAAAAAAGAGCUAUUUUCUUGGUUCUUUUGUUUGUUAAUCUUGAUCAUCUUUAAUGAUGUACUUGUUAAUCUGUUCUAAAAAUAACUUAAUGUUAA